UUUCAAAGACAAAGUGCAUCUGAAAUACAUUCUAGUUGCCUGAAAUGCUGUCUAAAGUUUGGAAACAACAUUUUGCGUGACUGCAACUACAAAUUUGACUACAACUUUGGUGGUUGUGAGGCCUUUGAACUUUUCUAUGGGUAUCUGUAAAGAUGAAAAAAUUAUGUGAAUUCUUGUGCCUUUCUGCAGAAGAUUUAAAAAUUAGGUUUGCUAUUCGUGAAGACGUGCUAAAAAUCCUAUCACAUUUCUAUCCCAAAUGUGUUCUCCUAAUUUAUGGAUCAACAAUAAAUGGAUAUGGAUUUAAAGAAAGUGACUUAGAUCUUUUAUUUUUGCCACAUCCUGAAUAUUGUAACACUGAUUCUGAAAUUGUAAAAUUGCCUUCUCCUCCAACAACUGCGGCUUUAAGACGAGGUUUUCCCUAUGAAACAUUUCUAAAGAUGGAUGAAACUUGUCAGCUUAGAUUUGUAACAAAGUUGUUGCGUAGCCAUCCACAACAGUUCACAAAUAUUUUUUUUAUUUCAGCGCGAUGUCCUGUUAUAAACAUUGUUCACAAAAAUUUUGGUUUGAAAUGUGAUGUGACAUGUACUAAUAGACUUGUCGUUUACAAUACAGAACUAUUAAGAUUAUAUGGAGAGAUGGAUGCUAGAGUAAAACCUUUAAUAAUGACUAUUCGCUGCUGGACAAAAUCUUUAGGUUUCAUUAAACAAGGAGGAUUUACAAGUUAUGCCAUAAAUCUUUUAAUCAUAUUUUUCCUGCAAAAUGUUCAGCCAGCUAUUUUACCAUCUGUUCAGUACUUAAUGAAAAUUGCAGAAUUUUCUCAUAAAAUUGGAGGAUGGGAAUGUGCAUUUACUACAAAUCUGGAAAAAAUACCCAAAUCUAGAAACAGAAUGGAACUAGGUCAACUGUUAUUUUCAUUUUUUGAAUUCUAUUGGAAGUUUGACUUUUUGAGGAAUAUUGUUAGUCCCCAUAUCGGUCAUAUUUUGCCUAUAAAAGAAGUUAAAGAAUCAACUGCUGAGAUGUUGAAGUCUUUUCCGGUGACUGCUAUCUGUGUCCAAGAUCCUUUUAUUCUGUCAUUUAAUACAAGCCGAAAUGUCAGCUACAAUUUGCUGAUGUACUUCAAGAUCGCAUUAAACAAAGCAAGGAAUAUAUUCUACUGUAGUCGUCAGUUUGAAUUGCUGUUUGAUGCAGACACAUAUAAAUCUGCUUUUGAAAUCCAUUAUCCAUGUACAGCAGAGAAAUCUGUUGUUGGUUCUAUAAAUGUAUGCUAUGAUACAAUUUCAGUUUUAGGUAUUUGUGACCAUUUUGAAAAUUUAUGGUGUGCCCGAGCAUGUCAGGCUGUGUUGGAUGUUCUGCAGGCUGGCCUUUUAUUUGAAUGUGAAGUCAUAGAUAAAAGUUUUUUUAUAUAUGGAAAUACUUUUGAAAAUGAGCAAAGCAAAUAUAAUUGUAUGUACUGUAAAAAAUACAGAGAAUUUGGUGUUCAAAAUUCCAUUAGAACUAAAUCAAAUGCUGAAAAUCAUACCUCUUCUUGCAAUAGUUUUGAAUUUCUUAUGGCAAUACAGUGCACCGUGUAUUGUCGCACAUAUAUUGCUCGGAAAAAAUAUAAAGUUUCAAAGGAAAAGGAAAAUAUGGAAAAUAUUUUGCAGUCAAAGGAAAGUGAAAAUAUCUUUCAGUCGGAGGAUAAUGAAGGUAUUUUGAAUUCUGAAUAUAAUAUUUCAUGUAAUAUGAUAGAAAGCAAUCCUAUUCUUUCUAGUUCAGAGCCCCUAUUCCAUUUCUUAUGUGAAUGUUAUAAGCACAAUAUUGGACAACUUCGAGGUAUAGUUACUGUACUCACACCACUUACGAUAUCAUCAGAAGUAAAAUCUUCUCUUCCAUCACUAUUAAGUUUCAUAACUAAAACUGUUACUAAGUUAUUGACUGAUAAACAGUAUUAAUAUAGUACUUUUCUUGGAUAAGCAUUCAUACAUAAUUCAUACUAUUUCAAUUCAUACAUUGGACUAUUUCAUGUAUCCAGAUUAUUGAGUGUUCAUUCCUUUGUUUCUUAUUAACAGCUGUGAGCAUUUGUAUAGGGCUAAUAGUUCCCCUCUGUUUGUAUAAGGCCCAAAGAUGGCCCUGCAGAUAGAUUAUUGUGCUAGAAAUAAGAGUAUUUAUUAUAUUAAAUACUCAGUUUUCCACAUACUUUGUCUUGCAAGUAAAGAAAAUACAUAGUGUUUUUCAUAUAGUAUGAGGUCCUGACACAAGCCAGUCAGGCAGAUUACUCACUUGGUAGGUUGUAGCAGGAAAUACUGUACAAGAUUUUGAACCCAGUGCUUCUGAUGGUUAUUCAAGCAUUAAAUGUACACUGAUAAUUGCCAAAGACUGCCUUAAAAAUUCUUGUGAGAUUUUAUUUUUAUAACCAUUUGUUAUUUUUUCUUCCAAAUAAAGAAGGAUUUAAAUUUUU